AUGACCGCGUCGCUCGCUGCCGCCGCCAAGGCAGCGAUCCGACCGCGCGCACCGCGGCGGCAGGUGAUUCAGCUCACGGACGCGGCGGCCGAUCGGAUUCGCGAGCUGCUGACGAGGCGCAACAAGGAGUAUCUCAAGCUGGGCGUCAAGUCGCGCGGCUGCAGCGGCAUGAGCUACACGCUCUCCUACGCCGACGAGCCGGGGCGGUUUGACGAGGUGGUGGAGGAGAAGGGGGUGCGCGUGGUGGUGGAGCCCAAGGCGCUCAUGGCCGUCAUCGGCACCACCGUCGACUUCGUACAGGACCGCCUCAAGUCGGAGUUUGUGUUUGUGAAUCCCAACGCCAAGGGGGAGUGCGGGUGCGGAGAGUCCUUCAUGACAUGA